UACCCAAUCCGUUCGCUAUCAUCUCUUUCUUCUCUGAUAUCACCUUUCUCCCAUUCUCGCGGCAGCCGCGCACCGCCACUUCCUUGCCGCAGCCGCUCCAUCUCUCAAUGGCUCGUACUUAAGAUUACAACUUGGUUUGCUUUGAAAUUUCGCCAUGACUUUACUUGAAGUCAUUAAGCAAUCCUCCGCCUUAUCCAAACCGCUUGUUUCCCAAUUUGAUUACCCCAUUCUCCUCAAUCCAGACGAUAUUCUAAUCAGUUUGAAAUCCAAAGUUGAUGAACCAGAUCGCCUUAGUCUUGUCAAUCCCAUUGUUGGAUGGCAAGUAUCGGAAACCGAUUCCUAGGUGAUAGAGCUGGGGAAAAAGUUCCAUGAAAAUUUCAGGCAGAAGCUCAAAAACAGAAACUUCUCAAAGCCUGAGUUUAUAAACAUUUUGAAGGCGUUUCUUGAGAAAAUGAGGGAAAGGGUUGGAAUUGCAGUUGGUGUUAGUUCAUCCGACAAUUGUUACACUAAGGUUCUGAUUGAGAAACUCGGGUUCCUGAUGAGUAAAGACGUUAGAGAGGUGGUUUUAGAUACAUGUAUUGCGUUCGAGGACUGGGAAUUGGUAGAGACUUUUGUUGUGAAUAGGCUUGUUAAACACUCAUCUUAUUCAAAUUUGAUUGUGAAGCUGGUGGGGAAGAAGAGGUCGGAUUUACUUUGUCUUUGUAUCCAACAAGCACCUGAUUUUGGUCCUGCUGGUUUACAUUGCCUUUUGAAGUACUUUCUUUGCCCUUCCAAGAAGGCUGAUGCGAGUAUAGCUAACGUGAGAAAGGGAUGGGAGGGCCAAGCAUUGGUAGCCAUUGAGAAGGCAAAGGAGGCUGCAAUUCUGCUCAUGAUAGCACAUGAUGGAUUCUCAGUUCGAGAACUGUGUUUGCAUUAUCUGUUGGCAUCACCUAAUCUUGAUGAAUCAAUUCUUUCUUCUGCUCUCAGUAAGCUGAAUCAUGAAGAGAUGAUUAGUUUGAUUCGGUAUCUGGGAGAAUGGUUAAAGAAAUAUGAGAGAUUUCCUCACGCAGUUUCUUGUCCAAAUGCAUCUACUGUGUUGGGUUUGAAGGCUUGUGAUAGGGUUCCCAAACUUGAUGAUGUGGUCAGAUAUGUUGGACUAAUGCUGGACGAGAACUUCUCUUCGUUGGUGUUGCAUCCAGAUUUUCACGAGGAGCUUGAAAUCCAUGGAGGGUCUGGCUAUUAUUGAAUCACAAUGGGUUCAUGAGUUGCUGGGCAAGUGGUCCACUUGUAAG